AGUCCAGAGUCUUUCAAGGACAUCUUACAAAAUGCACAUGGAUUUAGUUAAAAAUGCAGAUAUAUCUUCAGCACACUGGUGACAUUUUAGUGAACGUUUUCUAGCCCGUUGAACUUUAGUUCUCCUUCGAAUAACACGCGUGAUUCACGUGAGUCAGGUCGGGAAUCUAGGAUACUGUUGAAUUAAAACUACAGAUAUUUGAAUGUUAAUAUGUUAUAAUGGUUCUCUGAGACCCCAGUGAUAUUUUGUUUCUUCAAGAUUGAAAUGUUUCUUGAAGAUUGAAAAUUUGAAUGGUAUUGAAGAAGAAGAAAUUAACGAUGAGCAUAGAAGCUUCAAGAUGGGUUUUAGGUUUGUUUUACUUAUUUGCUGUUGCAUUAAUCUGGGUUGCUUCUAAUUUUAUUGUACAAUCAGUUAUAUCCGGUGGAGCUUCACCAUUUCUUAUCACUUACAUCUGUAAUUCAUUGUUUACUUUAUGUAUUCCUAUUUUUGAGAUUUAUCGUUAUUUCGAGGACUCUCCAUUAAAACUAUGGUUCUGGUGUUCUAGUAAUGAAAUCAAUAGUCAUAUGGAUAAGGUGAGUGAUUCAGAUGAAGUACCUCUUUUGACGAACAGAAAUGGUUUAAUGCUCGACGAACAAGAUGUGGAUAACCAAUUGGAUGCAAAAGGACGGUUGACUCGUAUAAGAACGGCUAAAGUUAGUUUGUUAUUAUGCCCUUUCUGGUUUCUGGCUUACCUCACUUUUAAUCUCUCACUCAAGUAUACUACUGUAACGUCGAUUACGAUCUUAAGCAACACGUCUAGCCUCUUUGCAUUUUUGUUGUCUCUGUGUUUCUUAGGGGAGAAAUUUACAUGGAUUAAGCUUAUCAGUAUUCUGUUGUGCAUGGGAGGAUCGGUAAUUGUUAGUGUUGGUGAUAUGGAAUCAGGGUUAAAUGCAACUGCUAUUAAGCCUCUCCUUGGAGAUAUUCUUUCUGUUGUCUCAGCUAGUCUAUAUGCCAGCUUCCUUUGUAUUUUCCGUAAACAAAUUCCGGUGGAUGAUGCGGAAAGUGGCCGCGUAAGUAUUCUACAAUUAUAUGGAUAUCUUGGAUUGCUAAACACGGUGAUUUUUCUACCGGUCGUGGCUUUGCUGCAUUUUACAAAGUUGGAGCAGUUGAAUAGUCUUACCUGGAGCCAGACAGGGCUUAUUGUCUGCAAAGGCUUAAUCGAUAACGUGCUCGGAGAUUAUUUAUGGGCAAAAGCUGUUUUACUAACAACAGCAACGGUGGCAACAGCCGGUCUUACAAUUCAAGUGCCUAUGGCUGCUGGUAUUGACGCAAUAAGAGGUCGUGCACCAAGUCUGAUGGAUUACCUUGGAGCUCUAGUAAUCAUGGCUGGAUUUGCUGGUAUAAACAUCCGUGAAUCUGAAAAUGAGAAUGGUGUUCCAAUUGAUGAGAGUUACGACUCAUUACCAGUAAGUAAGAUAUCAGCUAGAACAACCUAGCCACAGCAUCAUGUCUAAUUUUGAAUCUGAGAAUGAGAUAUAUGUCAUAGACGCCUUACUUGUUCAAUGCAUUCUCUACAGAUCCUUGAGUGACUAUGUGAUAUUCUUGUGGGAAGAGUGUUUUGUUGUAUUGAAUUUGUUACGAAACUUACGCAGAGAAAGAGUGAUACUUAUAGUA